AUGACUGUCACCUGCUGCCUGUGUGAUUGGCUACCAGAUAAAACCCCUGGGGAGGGCCACAUGAGAUAUCAAGCACUGUGUUCCAGUGGUAUAGUUUACGGCUGGGUUGAGCUUGGUUGUGUGACAGUGGUGGCCCACCUACAAGCCAAAGCUCCCUUUUGAUUUGGCAUGAUGCAUGAUUUUCUUUGUCUGUAAGUCUCCUGAGCUUUUGUUAUGCAGUUUAGUCACUAUAUCUGAAAAGUGCAUGAUUUAUAUCUUUUUGUAUUCUUGUUUUAGUGGGACAUGGAUUUUACUGGCUGUUGCAGUCUCUGGUGUGUUCCAGAGGCCAAGUUUCAAGCCCAGUUCACAUCCAGGUAAGUGCUACCUAACUAUAGAAGUUGUAUAAAUUUGCCUGCAUCUGUACCUGCCUAACACUGAUCAAUAUGACUUACUGGUACUUUCUCUCCAGAUGGUGGUUUGAGGUCUGAGUGCCUUUGGAAUAUCAUGAGGUUAACAUUGGACAAAACUCUGGCUGUGGGGAGCCAGCUAGAAAUCUCUGCCAUCAGUGAGUAGUCUGAGUACAGAAGAAUCUCACUUAUGUAAACAUUCCUUUCAAAAAUCUGCUCUGCUCUUAUCCACCACUGUGCUUUCAGAUGGAACUGACAUUAUACCGUUGUCGCCCACCUUGGCUGCUCAGUGUGGCUACAGCAUGGAGUCUGACCCUUGGGGAAACACCAAAGUCUUUGUGUCCUUGUUGGGCUGUUAUGUUGCCAACCAGGUAAAUCUUAAAGGGACAUUGGUAAGAAAAUGACAACCUGGGGGGGGGGGGCAACAUUUGUAUCUUGGUGACUAACUCUUUAGUCACUUAUGAGUAUUCAUUUAGGGCACCUCAUGCUGACGGUUGCAAGAGCUUUUGCAACAGCACCAGUCUUCCAGGUGGUCAUUCCUGUUUCAGCCAGUUAUGUUUGGUGUGUGUAAUGAACAUGACCCAGCACUAAAUUUGUUCCAUAGGCGGAUGCAACAUUUAACCUUGGCCUGCGAUUCCGAAUGUAUGGCGAUGGGCUGUCAAAGCAGGUCCAGCAUAACGUGACCGAGACUUGCAGAUACUCCCGCUGGGCCUCCCGGGAAAUUCUCUGUGACAGGAACUACAUGGAGGUGAGUCCAUUCUGAUCAGCCCUAGCUUUUCAGGUGGCCAUAUCAAUACCUAACUUUAGAGUAAAUUUGGAUUGGGGGGUCAAUGGCUUGGUUUACUGAUGUUCAAGCCUUGGAGAUCUGCUCUGUCCUUUAGGUGUCAACCCUCAUGGUCACUCCGGAGGUCCCAACAGAUGGCCAGAAGGUUCAAGAAGCAUCCUGGCAGGAUGCCAUUCCUGACGUAUGCCAUUUUCUUGUGAAUAGAUUUGUCUUAUACACGUGGACUGAAUAUGAAUUGCUUGUCUACACUGAGUUGCUAUUUUCCUUUUCCUCCACAGACCGUUGCUGCAAACAGCAUCUGGAAGAUUACAUUCCACACCCCUGACUCGAAGGUCAUGGUGCUGAAGGAUGCUCACCGGGCUGGUUACGGCGCAACAACUACCCCAACAAGACUGGUGUUGCGAAGCCCCUACAACAUGGCAGAGACCUACUCUGAAGACGUGAGCCUCCCUGGCCAAGCCAUUUUCUGCAUUCUGGUGUAUCACUUCCCUGUUAACAUGGCAGACAUUAAUUGGAUAGAAUAUGCUUGUCAUGUAGAAGGAUCAUGCCAUGUUACUAAUACAUUGUCCUUCUCUCUCUAGGUGGCAGGUGUUCCCAUGGAGGUCUUCAGUGUAUCCACUUACUACAAGCAGAUUCGCAGUUUGGCCAUCAUGGAUUUGGCUGCUGCCUGUCCUACAGGUAUGUAUAUGCUAUUUAAAUGGGACCCUCUCUCAUGUUAUCAUUCCUGCUUGGAGAACUGCUGAACCGUAGGGGAUUUGUCCCAACUUCAUUCAUCACACCUGGCUGACUGUUUAGCGAACGCCUUGAUUAGCUGAACUGGGGGAACUUUGAUUAGUGAGCCUCAACUGUAUGUGCCUAUGGACUUCAUCCAUGUAUUGCUCUCAUUUGGUUCCUUUGCAGGAGGCUUGGUCUUCACUGAUGAGGUGAUCACCUGGCACGUGCCUCGCCGCAUCACCCCGCUGAUCUCUAGCGCCGUCAAGAUCCUGGAGACCCACAUGGGCAUCGAUGGCCAGAGGUUGGACAAAACCAUGAUGGCCACCAGGCGCUACAAGCUGUCAAUCACUGAGUCUCAUGUUGUCAUUGAGCUUCCAGUGGGGUCACCUGAUGGCUACUACAAGGUCUGACUUGACUUGCAUAUUGUUCAUAAGGGCGCAACAGUAAUAUUUGUAAUGGAUAAUGAGCACUUAUUGGACUAGUUCCAGUCAAUUUUCAUCUGUUUGGUGCUGACUGAACACAACCCUCUUAUUUAAGAUUACAUUAAUUGCCUGAUUUGUAAUAACCCUUCUGUUUGCAGAGUCAUGCCCCAGAUUAUGCAUACCACAUAACCUACACUGUUGAACCCAUGCUUGAGUUGCUGUGGAGGGCGGACGACACACAGGCUGACACGAGAUACAAAGUCCUCUUCCCCAUCACUACCCCUCUGAUGCCCAGGCCUCCACAUGUUAUUGGAAGUAAGUCCGCUUCACUGGUACUAAAGGCAGGUCUGUUCAGGAGGAUGUAAAGCGCAGAACGGUUUCCAAACCUCUAGUCUAAACAUGUGCUAGCCCAAGGAGGAAGCCAUAGCUUGCUGGUCCCUAGUAAAAAAAUUACUGUAGAAUAUGGAAUCAUGUUGGCUCUUAGUUCAUUACACUCUGCAGUGUUUUGUGCAUUUUGGGUCACUGAACACACAGCUGUUUAACCCAUGUUGGCCUUCAACCUUUUGUCUUCCAGACACAGUUCCUGAGCAUAAGGUGUUCGACGUCCUCUUGGGGACCUUCCUCCAUGAUGUGGAGCUGCUGAACAUUACCUUCUCCGCCAAGGUGCUGACUGUCGCUGAGUGCAAUGCCAGAGGCUUUGACGUUCAGGAGCACCGCUUCGCCAACAGCUCAAAGACCUUCUCGCUACAAGUGCCCUUCUCGGAUGAAGUUGUCCUUAAACAUGUAAGUCCUUUUGGUCAAAUGUAUUGUAGACUGCUACACUGCCACCACUUUCCAACUCAUUCUGUAGUAGAAUGUUGCCAGUACAGGAUCUCGUCUAGUAACAUUUUGGGAGUUUCAGUUCAUACAGUACUUGAACAGAUGGUUAAGACUUAGAUUUAGAAUUGUUGCCACAAUUUAGAACUGUUGGUACAUGCAGAACACUACCAACAUGUAAUGCUUUUUUCCACAAUCUGCAGAACCCUGAUCCCAUGACGACUGUUUACUUCCUCCCGCUGGUCUUUGGUCUGCUCAUCCUGCCUGAACAAACCCCAUUCUCCCACCCUGCUGAGCUCGAGGCCUCCCUGGAAGAUGUUGGUAAGGGCACUUGGGUUAAAUCUCCUCUAGUUCCCUUCAGUAGAAUGACUCAAGGAUGUUGGGCACCAUAUUACAUGCACCCAGCCAGGUGCUUCAGAUCAACUAAGGGGUUAUUUUAUUUGUAAUGCAUUUCAUGACAGCUGUGAAUUUGACUUUUACCCCUUUUUAGUUCUUCCCACAAUCACUGGAUUCUGCGACCAGGAACAUUUCUACAUUUCUGUGAAAUAUGGGAGCCAAGGGGCCAACUUCCAGACCAUGAUGCUUCAUGCUGGUUCAUGGAGGGAGCUGGACACUGAGCUGUAUAGUCUCUCUGACAACCGCACGCACUUCAGUAUCGUAGUGCCAUUCACCGCUCCUGAUACAGUGUUUGAGGUAUGAGCUGUCGGCUCCAUGUUUACUUGUAGCUCUGUAAUGUAGCUUCACUACCCUUGCAAUCCAAACUCUAGUGACACAUGUGGUUCAGCUGACUCUAUUGAACUACCUAAUAAGCCAGGGGUUGUCAUUUUUGCCAAAGCUUCCAGGUUGUCUUAAUGUAACAAGUUGUCAAAUGCUGUUUUUGGCUUACUUGUGGCCAAUUUGCAGUGUCUAAAUUAUGUUCCUGACCAUCUGCUUAUAAAAUAAUGGUCCAGUGGUUAAUUGCAGUUGUCUACCCCUGAACUAAAAGUGAAAUAUGUUUCAGAUGGUACAGUCUGACUCUGUCAGAGCCAGAGUAGACUUGCUGCUCUUGGAGACUCCUAACAUGUGGAAACUCAACGACCUCUCGCUCGCCUGCUACUUCCCCUUGACCAUGACUGGUUUGUAUUAAGUUUUGAGUCAUUUUGUUUCAUACUUUAAUAAUACUAACAAAGUUACACAAUCUGGUUAGAUAUUACAAGAACAGCAUUGGGUCAAGGGGCACACUGCCUUUUCUACACUUGCUUUGUUGAACACUUUGCUUUUAUUUCAGAGUGCUACUCCAAUGGCACAGUGACUGCACUAGCAGUGAAGGUGGAAUCUGUUAUUAACCUAAACCCUGAAUACCUGACCUUGAGUGACCAGUCAUGUAAACCUGCCUUCAGCAAUGACCGCUUUGCCUUCUUCUCCUUCAACCUCAACUCCUGUGGCACCACCAGAACAGUAAGACUGCUUCUGGGCCCAUAGUUGUAAAGUGUCUCAGAGUACAAGUGCUGCUCUGCAAACCAGUUUCCAAAUCUUAACCUGGUUACAUGGGCAAGGGGUAUUAGCUCUGUUAGCACUCCUAUGUUAACACAGGCCCAGGUGUAUAGACUUUAACUUUCUGUACUGUCAAUGACAUGUCUAAUACUGUACUUGUACUGAUAAGUUUCCAGCUCUAAUAGUCCGUCCCUGUCGUUGUAGUUCUUCGACAAUUUCAUGGUGUACGAGAACGAAAUCGCCAUGCACCACAGCACAAGCAAACAUCAAAGUAGGAAAGGUCUGAUCAAUCCAGAAUAUCGGUAAGAAUGUGCCACUAGGUUGUGACCUUACACCUCCGUCAAAUGCAUAUCCCUCACUGGUUUGACCUUGUCUUUCAGGCACACAGUCUCCUGCUACUACCUGCUCAACCACACUGAGACCAUGGCGUUCCGUACCAGGCCAAGGAACCAAGAUCUUAAGGCUGCUCUUGGAGUGGGACAACUAGUGGUCCAAAUGAGACUAGCCCAGGGUAAUACUAGACUAGUUUGGGUGCAACACUGUCCCAAUAUGGGCUCAGGUUACUGGUUCAAAUUUUAGCCUGAUCCUGAACUUAACAAAUCUCAAUUUUGCCCAAACCUAUCCCAACCAUUGGCUUAUUGAACUGUAUAUACAAUCACUUUCAGGGAAUAGGGUAACUCUGCUCACUGACUCUGUUUUCAGAGGUUUCUUAUGACUUAUUCUACCAAACGGAGGACUACCCAGUGGCGAAGUACUUGCGACAGCCUCUGUAUUUUGAGGUGGAGCUUAUGCAGUCUACUGACCCUCGGAUAGAGCUGGUCUUGGACAACUGCUGGGCGACUCUACAUGAGGACAGGACCACUCUACCUAGCUGGGACCUCAUUGUGGACAGGUAGCUAGCAUGACUUUUGAUAUACAAACGAAGGGACUAGUCUUUGGCUGUAUCUUGGGCAGAAUAAUCAAGUGACAUGACUAGGGUUGCAUUCACCAGGAGCCAAACAUUAAGGGACUACUUGUCCAAUGAGAGACUCUUGUUUUAAUUUCCUGUUGCAAAACAGAUUGCUUGUCUGCACAUGAAUUAACCUGACAACUCACCCUGAAUUUUCUUGCUGCUCUAUCAAUCUCGCUCCAUAUAUUAUUGUGGCGUAAUGCUUGUGGACAUGGCCUUUGGCUUGAGUGAUGGUAGCCAGGCUACAGAGUCACUAGACACCAAAUGGGGAGGGACUACCUCAACUUGCCUAAUAAGAAAGUGUUCUGUUGCAGCACAUGUUAAAAUAAAUGGUUUUUCUCAUUUCCCUCAGUUGUGAAAAUCUUGAUGACCGCUACGUCACAGUCUUCCAUCCGGUCGUUGCAGACGCCAGGGUUCAUGUACCCGCUCACAUCAAACGCUUCUCAGUCAAGAUGUUCACCUUCACCAGGGAUGAGAACGUCCUGAAAGACCAGGUAAUUUAGACCAGUUGCUCUGAAGGGCAUCCUUUGGUAAGCUAGCUUGAGUCAUUUUUAACGUAACUCUUCUCUCCAUAGAUCUUUGUUCAUUGUGAUGCAGUCCUCUGCGACACCACCAAACAUGAUGGAAUCUGCUCUGGCCAGUGUGCGAACCCCCUUAGGAACGCAAAGCCCCUCAGACAAACUGGCUCAAAAAGGGGUAUGUUCAUAAAGCUCUUACCACCGCCACCCCCCCCCCGACAUUUCUGGCCUCAAUGGCCCUCCAGACCCUUAUGAAGUCUGAUCUUUUUCUAGAUCGCAGAGCCGCAGACGCCAGCCAGCAGCAGAUCUCAUCUGGACCCAUUCUACUGUCUGACUCAUCUAACUUUGUUUAG